UAUUAAUUCUCUCUACGAUCUCGUCCUCUUCCCCUCCCCCUUCCGUUUGGUUUGAUCCCCGGCAUUCAAUUGCGCGCGAGUCGUAGCCCGUGCUCCGAUCGCGCGGCGCGUAUGGCGCUCCCCGGCGGCCCCGCCACGCCGACGCCGGAGCCGGAGCCGCUCAGGCUGGCGGAGGAGGAGGUGCGGGAGGCGGAGCUGUUCGAGGAUGCGGUGGACGUGUCGCCGACCGCCUCCGCGCACCCGGUGACAUGGCGCGAGGGCGAGGCCGCACCGUCGUCGUCGUCGCCGUCGAUGUCGGUGUCGAUACCGCACCGCCACGAGGCGGGGGCCGCGGACGAGGAGGAGGAAGCGUACGAGUCACCUCCGGCGUCGGGCGCGUCGGGGCAUACGGGGAUUGACGGCGCGGGGUGGUCGCCUUCGGUUUCCGAAUCGCGAGAGGGCAGCGCCUCGCCGUUGGGGCAGCGCGCGAGGGGCGCGGAGCAGCAGGAGGGGAAUUGGGUGGCCCCGUCGGGGGCAGCAGGCUCGCCAGGGAUGGAGGACUCGAGGUCCAUGUCCUCGUCGGCACCGCCUUCGCCCAGGCCCCCGUCGUCGCCUGCGCCGCAGAUCAGGCCGCACGCGAGGCACGUGCGGACCAGCAGCUUCCAGCGGUUCCGGCAGCAGAUGCAGCGCGCGUGGAAGUGGGGGCCCGUCGGAGGUGGAGGAGACGCCGAGAGGAGCCCCAGGGAGCAGUUGCUGCGCACUACCGUGAACAUUGAGGCUAUGGCGAACCAGAAGCGGCAGUGGUAUCAAGUCCACGCCAAGGUGCGGCUCGACAGUCUUCGCGUACUUAGAAAUGGGCAGGUUCACACUGAUCAGAAUCAAUUGAAGGAACCAUCAUCACUCUUUGAACAUUUUUUCGUAGUUGGACUCCAUUCUUAUGCAAAUGUUGCAGUAGUUGAGGAUGCUUUUGCAAAAAAGAAAGCUUGGGAGUCUAAUGUAGCAUGCUCAGAGGUUGUUGAUCUUAGUAAAAUUCAGUACCAUGGACCAAUACCAACCAUGGAACCACAGAUUCUUUUCAAAUAUCCACCUGGAAAGAAAGAGGAUAUUAGAGAGGCUGAUUUACCCUCAUUCUGUUUUCCUGAAGGUGUAAAGGCUCGCUUAGUCGAGAGGACUCCUUCCAUGAGUGAUCUGAAUGAAGUGAUAUUUGGGCAGGAACAUCUGUGCCGAGAUGAUUUGUCCUUUAUCUUCUUCCUAAAGGUAUCGGACAAUGCACCACUAUAUGGUGUUUGCCUUCAUGUCCAGGAAAUUGUUCAAAGAGCUCCUGGUAUACUAGGAGCAGUCUCACCCCUAAAUCAGACUUCCUACAAGCCAAGCCGUUUCUUGGUUUCUGCACCACGUUGUUACUGUUUACUUACAAGAGUACCUUUUUUUGAGCUACAUUAUGAGAUGUUAAACAGCAUAAUUUCACAGGAGAGGCUUGAAAGGAUAACACAGUUUGCCAGUGAAUUUGCUCUGGCAGGGCCAGUCCCCCGUUCCUUGAGAGAACAGUUACAAGAUCAAUCAGAUGGGGAUUUUGAAUCUCCAAAUGGGCUUUCAUACAAUGACUGGACAGAAUAUGCUGUACCUGUCGACACUAUAUCAGGUCUUGUUUCUUCACCAGGACUUGCAUCAGAAAGAGACGUCCCUUCAUAUUUGUUCAGGAGUUGGGAACCUAAUUCUCCUGAAAGUAUAUCUGCUAGUGAGACUUCAGAAUCUAGUUAUGCAAAAGAACCUGAGAAGGAAGGAAGACAUAGUUUCCAACAAUACGAAGAUUGUAUAUCACAGAACACGGAAUCCCGCUGCGAUAGCUUUGGAAGAGCAAGUAGUACUUCUGAGAAUGGACAUACUUCUCCAGAUCUUCUGUCCAUGCAUUCUCCUAUCUCUACAAGAUUAGAACGCACACAGAGUAUGGAGUCUUUACACAGUUCAGUCAAAGGUGCUGGGUCAGAUGAAGAAGACGAUGAAGUAAAUGUGAAGAAUGAAAGUGGUGUUGAUGAUGGCAAAGUUCUGGGAUGGGCUAAGGUCAUUGUGAAUGCCCGCUUGGUCGCUGCAGAAGAAGCACUUGCAUUAUCAAUAUGGACUAUGGCUACAGUUUGCCGUGCUUUAUCUCUGGAAAGUAUGCUAGCAUUAUUCACUGGAGUUCUGUUGGAGAAGCAAAUUGUGGUAAUAUGCCCAAAUCUGGGUGUACUGUCAGCAAUUGUUUUGUCAAUUAUACCGAUGAUUAGGCCAUUCCAGUGGCAAAGUUUACUGCUUCCUGUUCUACCAAGAAAAUUGAUUGAUUUCAUCGAUGCCCCUGUCCCUUUCAUUGUCAAGGCAAAUUUAUUGCCUCAACUUCCACGUUACAAGGAUCUUGUUUCUGAUCUCAGUCCAAUUCAUGCUAGACUUUCAUGUGAGAAUGCUUUGGCCAAGAAACAUCCUAUGUAUAAAUGCAACGAAGUUCAGGCUAAGGCAUCUUGGCAGUUCUUAAAUGUUCUGAGAACCUACUUGGAGUCACUUUGUUCUGAAUUGCGCUAUAAUACCAUCACAAAUGUACAAUCAGAUAAUGACAGGGUUUCCUUGCUUCUGAAGGACAGUUUUAUUGAUUCCUUCCCCUCGAAAGAUCGACCGUUCAUGAAGCACUACGGCGGCACCGAGGACGCUCGCUCCAACCGUGCCGCAGCGCUCAACAUCUUCUACGGCCUCGCGCUCGCCGAGGCGCUGCUGUUCCUUGUCGAGAGGGCGCUAUGGGAGUGGAAGGUGGGCCACCGCCGCCUCCUCGAGUGCGUCGCCGACGACUGCAACCUCGCCGGCGCCUACGGCCAGGUCGUCGUACGCCGCUUCUUCUACGACUCCUACUCGCGCUGCCUCAACGGCAGCAUCUUGGACGGCCUCCACAUGGGCCUCGUCUCCUACGCCCAAGACCUCAUCACCGCGGGCUCGCACGACGAGCAGAGCCUAGGCGCCGGCAUCCUCGUCGCGCUCGCCGAGUCCGACCGCUUCGCCGAAGCCACGCUCCGCAGGAUCGGCGUCUCCGCGCCCACCAUCGAGCGCCUCAUCGAGAUGCUCAGCUGGAAGGACUCCUCGGAGCGCGAUGUCCGGCGCUCGGCGGCCGUCCUCGUGUCCAUGCUCACCGGGAGGAAGCUCGUCGCGCUCCGCGUCACCGGCAUUCCAGGCGUCAUCGAGUCCGUCGCGUCGCUGCUUUAUGCCGACCUCGACGAGCUCAACAUCCUCGGCCUCUCCAUCCUCAAUAAGCUGGCGCAAGACCACGACAACUGCGACAAGAUUGGCAAGACCAGGGACCUCCUCGAAACGAUCAUCUCCUACUCCAGCAUCGACCAUGCGCUGGCGUCGCCCUCGCCGAGGGACAUGAGGCUCAAGGCGGUCAAGAAGUCGCUCCGCGUUGUCAAGAGGCUGGCCGAUACGACGGGGGACACCGGGAAGCUGCUCCGACGGGAGCUCACCGACAUCGUCUUCACCGUGAGCAACGUCAGGGAGAUCCUGCAGCGGCACGACAAUAAGGUCCAGUCGGAGCUGCACCAGUUGGCCAUCGAGAUACUCACGAGCCUCGCGAUGGACGAGGAGGCCAGGGAGAUCAUCGGCGGGACGGGGGACGUGGUGAGCGUGCUGGUCACGACCUUCUUGCCGGCGGCGUUUACGACGAAGGAGUGUCAACAGGCGGACGCUGUCCGGGUGGAGGCCGGCGAGGCGCUCGCGAUGCUGGCCCUCGAGAACAAGAAGAACUGCGGAGCGAUCAUAUUGGCUCUUGGCGGAAGGAUCGGGCGGCUCGUUGAUGCGCUGAACGACCCCGUCGUCGUCGUCGGUGCCGCGAGGAUCAUGCACAACCUCUGCUCCUACUCCGGCGACGAGUGGCAGCUCCUUCUGAGAGGGGUCACAGUCGGCGCCGCCAAGGUGCUGAGGUCCAUCACGGUGGAGAAGGACAAGAUCCUCAACAUCUUCAUCGGGCUCGCGGCGCAGAUGCUCCGGUUCAUGGAGCCCGGGGAGCUCCGGGGGAGCCUCGUCGCAGCGCGCGUGGUGGACACGGUGCUGGCGAGGUCGCUGGUGCAGGUGCUGCGGGACUACAGCCGCCCGUCCAUGGACGUGCCUCGGGCCCGACGGUACACCAUAGAGCUUGCCAUGGCAUUGAUGCAGUCGGACGCACGCUACGUGGCCCUGUUCGUGGAGCUCGGCAUGGAGAACGAGCUGAGGAGCGUGGCCAUGACCACCUCGCAGCUGGAGUGCUUCAACGUCUUCUCCGGCAGCGUCGGGCUCAGCCGCCGCGACACCAGCGUCUGUUCCGUCGUCAAGUCAGCGUUGGAGCUGAUGAACAAGGGCUGGAAUUAA